UUAAUUUCCUUAAAUUAAUGGUUUUAAAGAGCAAAUAUCUCAUCUGCGUAGUUUUUUUUUGUUUUUUUUUUGACCUUUCUCUAGUUUUCUUCCGUUGGGUCUGUUCUUCAUUCAGGAUUCACCAUUCACCUUUCUUAGUUCCCAUGAUUCUGGUCCCAGGUUAGGAUUCAGUUCUAUACCUUUUAAGGUUGUCUCCUUCACUUCAACUUUGUUCGAUUACUAUAUAUAUAUUUUUUGUAUUUACUGGACAUUUUUUUAGCUUAAUGUUUUUUUAAGUUGAAACAUAAGUGGCCACUGGGAAGGGAGAGCAACUUCAAUGGUGAUAAAGCUCUCAACUUUAAUUCUUCCCAAGAAAAUUCCCAAAUGGGUUUGUUCAAAACCCUAUUUUUCUUCACUUUCUUGUGCUUGUAAAAUUCAAAACAAUCCAGAAUCCAAACAAACCUCUACCAGUUCUUCUGACUUUGAAACCAAGAUUCAAUAUUUAAAGAAUAAGCUUCACCCAGAAACAUUAGUAGGCGUUCUUCAUUCCACAGCUGAUUUGGAUUCUUCAUUGAAGUUAUUCAAAUGGGCUUCCCUUCAAAAAAGGUUUCAUCACUCUGCUGAUACUUAUUUUCAAAUUAUCUUGAAGUUAGGUAUGGCUGGGAAAGUAGAAGAUAUUGAAGGAUUUUGUAAUGAGAUGGUAAAGGAUAAAUGCCCAAAUUUUGAACAAGUUCUUUUGGAUUUGCUAGAUAUAUUUGUUAGAAAUAGUAGGCUUAGUGAGGCUUUAUGUGUUCUUUCUUGUAUAAAUUUUUGUACCUUAAAUCCCUCUAUAUCUAUAUUUAAUCAAUUACUGGGCGCACUUGUCAAGGAAAAGAAGGAAUUUAAGGAUGUAUUGUUCGUAUAUAAAGAGAUUGUGAAAGCUGGAAUUGCUCCCAAUAUUGAUACACUUAAUUCUCUGAUAGAGGCUUUAUUUGCUGCUGGUCGCGCUGAUGCUGCAUUGGAGCAAUACAAACGACUUCAUAAGAAAGGUUGUAGUCCUAAUGGUAGGACUUUUCAGAUAAUUAUUGGUGAACUUGUUGAAAGGGGUAGAGUGGAUGAAGCACUUGUAAUUUUAGAUGAUAUGUUUCGUAUACAGUGUGAACCGGAUUAUUCUAGCUUUUAUGCUCAUAUAAUACCUUUAUUUUGUGAUAUGAAUAAAUUAGAUGUAGUAAGGAGGUUGUUUCCUGUGAUGAGAGCGUCUAAAGUUCUUCCGGAUUCAUCCACUUAUGGGGCAAUGAUAAAGUGUUUGUGUUGGAAUCUUCUCGUGGAUGAUGCUGUAAAACUUGUAGAUGAGAUGGUGUAUAAUGAUGUUAUGCCAGAUGAUGAUGUGUUCAUGAGUAUAAUAGAUGGAUUAUGUGAAUUGAAUAUGUUGAGUGAAGCUAAGGAGUUUUUGAAUGACAAAGAAGUUGCAAGUGUAUUGCCUUACAAUGCGCUUCUUGAAGCUAUUCUAAAUGAUGGCACCUUUAAUAUGGCAAGAGAUCUGUUUGAUGAAAUGUUUGACAGAAACAUCACAGAUCAUUGUUCUUGGAAUAUCAUGAUUCUGUUCUUGUGUGAUAAUAAGAGACUGAAAGAUGCUUUGAAAUAUGUUGGUAGAAUGAUUGUUUCCUCCGUUAGUCUUGAUUCAUCUACAUAUUCUGCUCUCAUCGUUGGCUACUGCAAAUUAGGUGAAUGUGAGAAUGCUUUGGCAUUGUUUCAUCAGCUUAGGUCCAAAUCUGGGUUAUUAGAUUUGGUAUCAUAUGCUCAACUUAUUGACUGUCUUUGCCAGAAGGAAGAGAUUCAGGAAGCCACCAAAGUGUUUUGGUUCAUGUCAACAAAGAGACUUGCUCUUCAAUCGACCUCGUUUGGCAAGAUUAUGGAGGGACUUUGUGCUAGUGGGUUCACAGUUAGAGCAAUCAAAUUGCUACCAGUUGCAUAUUAUUGUGGUACAUUGUCUUCUCCUUCUGCUUACAACAGCAUAAUGCGAGGGCUAUUCAGUUUAGGAAGAGCAAGUGAUCUCUUUAUGGUGCUCUCAAGAAUGGUUGUGGAUGGUUGUAAGAUGGAUGGGGAAACAUAUCGCAUUCUUAUUCAGAGCAUGAUUUCGCUUGGACAUAUAGAGAAGUCGGCUCUAUUAUUGGAUAUGAUGCUUAGUCAGGGUCUAUUACCGAAUUCGGAAACACUUUCUAAACUUCUGGAGUAUCUGGUGGAAAACAAUCAGGUCCGCAUGAUAUUUUCUUCAAUAGAUAAGCUUGUCUCUGAAUUUGAAGUUGUUGAUUCAUCAAUGUACAAUAUGCUGAUAAAUAGUCUUUUGAAAGAGGGAUACAAUGACAAGGCCUCUUUCUUGCUGGAUUUAAUGUUGGAAAAGGGCUGGGUUCCUGAUGCUGAUACUCAUGCUUUAUUAGUGGGUUCCAGUGUGGAAGAUGAAACAGAUGCUCAAAAUUCUUCAUGUGACAAAUUUAUCACACAGGAUAAUGUUGGCAAUAUACUUGCUGAGGGCCUUGGGAAAUUUGAUGGACAUGACUAUAGAUUAUAAUACUAUAAUUGGGAUCUUGAUCCAGUAAUCAAUUUGGCAUAUGCGUGCAUAAAGAUAUAUGCGGUCCGGUCUAAGAAUAUUAUGACGUAUAAGGGCUUAUCUCGUGGUUAUUGCUGAUCAUCUCUGUUUUCCACAUCAUCCAUUAGAUACCUGCUUCAAUUUUGAAGGGCUAAUCAAUUUCUCAAAGCAUACCUAGAAUGACAGUAAAAGCUGGUAUAACAUCAACUGUUUAGUAUUCCUAUCAGCAGCGCUGAACUGUAAUAUACCUUUCUUUUUCUCUUCUGGCUGAGAUCAAUUGUAGCAUCUGCUCAUAUCAGUGCUGGUGAAUAAGUUUUUUUCUGUUGGAAGGCACAAUAAAUGCUCAGGGAAGUUCUAGCUAAGUUGGAAGGAAUAAGAAGGAAGAUCAGAACACUGCUUAGCUAGUCACUCGAGCUGUGAGUUCCGCUAUUACUAACUUUCUCGUUUUAGCUAUUUCACCAACCACAUCAUGUAUAUAGGGAGCUCACAUAUUCUGUACAUCAUACUCCAAACACAACUGAGUGAAGUACUGAGCCUUUUCUUGCUCAUUUCGUGUGACAGUUUAAUGUAAAUUUGUUGUUUUCCUUGUCAAAGCAAGAUAAAUUCAGUUGGUUUGAAGGGUGGUCAUCUACAUGGAUUAUCUGGGAUCUCCUCAAUGCCUUCUGUAGUGCACACAAGGUGCUCACAUAAAGGCAAAGGUCAUAGCGGCUGCGAUUUAUUUUUAUCUCUACUUGAACGAACACUUGUUAAAGAAAAGUUUGCAGUCAUUCAACUUUGCAUAAUUUGGAACUGAAAUAUUCUGGAUUAGUAUACCUUUUCUCAAUGGAAGCAAAUAUAUACUAGUCAAUUAGUUAA